AUGACUAGUUCUAUUACCUCCUCAUCUACUUCUUCAAAUUAUUCAACUAUAUCCGCUCAUUCCUCUAAUAAUAAAUCUAAUAUUUAUUCCAAUAGAAAGAUAUGUCAUAAUUCAAAUAAUAUUAAUAAUGUUAAUAAUAAUCAGAAAGAUGUCAAUAUUAGCAGUAAUAUUGAGCCAUUUAAUAUGGAUAAGCUAAGAAAUUGCAGCAAUAUCAAUACAACAACAAAAAAUAAUAUUCAAUAUUCCAUGGGCCUUAUAGUGAAAGCAAAACAAAUGCAUUAUCCAAUCGAAUUAUCCAACAGUGAAUUAUUGUCCCAUUUUGAGACUAUUCAAGAAUACCAAUAUGAUAUAGUAUCGGAUAUGAUCCAAAAAAAUUCUAAUUGCAAACCAUCUUUAAAAUUAAUAAAUCAACAACCAGAAAUCAAACCAUAUUCCAUUAGACCUUUGGUCUGUGAAUUCCUAUAUAAGUUGUCCAAAUUGACUCGUGUCACAAAUGGGAUAUAUUUCCAAGCAAUGAGAUUAUUUGAUAAAUAUUGUUCCAAAAGAAUCGUCUUAAAGGAUCAAAUCCAUUUGAUUCUAGGUACUUGUCUUUGGCUAUCUGCAAAAACAUAUGGUGGUUGCAACCAUAUUAUUAAUAAUGUAGUCAUCCCACCUGGUGGCAGAUUCUAUGGACCAAAUCCAAGGGCCAGAAUCCCAAGGUUGAACGAAUUGGUAUAUUACUGUCAACAAGCAUCUUCAGGUCUUUCUUCAGAAAAUCCAAUCAUACUGGAUGAAUCAAUGUUUUUACAAAUGGAGAUGCAUAUUUUGGAUACACUUAAUUGGGAGAUCUCUGAACCUACUUUCAAUGAUUAUAUCCUUAAUGUUGAUGAAAAUUGUCUCAUUCAAUAUGAAUUGUAUCAGAGGCAGGCACAUAUCUCUAAUGAUGAUGAAUUAUAUGAUAAAAUACAAUUAAUCUAUUUGAAAAAUUUCUUAAUGGAUUUGGUUACUUGGAAUUUGGAUUUUUUAAACUUUGAAUUAUUUGAAAUAACCAAUUCAAUCUUCUAUUUGAUUAAUCGCUUCACUAAUGAAAUUGAUCAGUCUUCUCUAUUGGAUUUACCUAUCCCAUCACAAAAUAAACAAGUCGCACUAUUUAAUAUAUUCGUUACCACAAUAAACAGUGUUCCUGAUCUAUUACACAACACAUACAAGGAUUACAUAGGCGUGUUUCAAUUUAUUAACAACAUUAAAUUAUUUUAUCUACAAUCAAGACAAUCAUCAUUAUCUAAAUUAUCCAUCAACACACCUUCCGUCACUUCCACUCUAUCUCCACAAUCUAUUCCAUCUCCCGUAUAUUCUACCCACAGUUCUACUCCAUUGAGGAACGUGAGUGGUGUGUCAGAAAACUCCAUAUUUAGCUCAUUACGUGACAUUAAUAACAGUCAACAUACUAUACAGGGAAAUCAUUCCCCAUUGACUCCAUCGAUAUAUAACAAAUCAACGGACUGGUCCUCCGCAAACAAUUCUUCAUUAUCACUGGGAAAGAGAUCAUACCAAGAAAGAAGCUUUAAUGACAGUGACAAUAUGAUUGUUCCUCCAAGAUCUAAAUUUUUGAAUACAGGGUUGUCUAUUGAUAAGUCUAAUCACAGCAGCCGAACGUCUUUAAUUUCAUUAACUGUAGGCCAAUAA